GGGAGCCGCAGUAUAAAAAGCCGUCGAGAGCGGACACAUCAACAAACACUAUCAGUUAGACUUUCACGAAGAAAUCUCUUUCGCUUAAUUUUAAGAGAAUGAACAAAAUGUUGAUCGUCCUAGUUGCUGCCAUGAUUUUAGUAAAUUGCUCAGCUCUUCCAACUUUUGGAUUCGGUGGAUACGGACCUGGUGGAAGUGGUGCUGGAUUUGGAACUGGUAGUGCUGGUUUUGGUGGAGUGUCCGCCAGUGGAGUAGGCAUUUCCAGCGCAUACAAUGGCGGAUUUGGCAGUGGAUCAGGAUCCGGACAAGCUUCUAGUGGAGGUCUCUUUGGUGGACAAUACGCAAGCGGUACAGGCAACGGAUUUUCAUAUGGAAAAUAAGAGAAAUAACAAUGUAAAUCAUUUGGUGCAAUUUUAUUAUUUUUGGUAUGCAUUUUUUU